AUGCUGCAAAAGUUGUUUCUCACUUUGUUGUUGGGACAGUUUCUGGGAUCCUCUGGACAGGACAGCCAAUUGACAACAUUUUUGUUAAACGAAAUGACAAAUUACAGGUCAGAGCUGAUUUCCUUAAAAGCGGAUAUUAAAUCCCUUCAGGCUGAACUAACUAACGUCACCAUGUUGAAUGCCGAUCUGAAACAACAGAAUGUUUUGCUAAAUCAAGGUAUUGCAACUUUGAAAACGAAGAAUGAUAAAUUGGAACAACAUAUUGUGCACAACAUCAGCAAACUUGAGAACGAUAUUUCAAUAGUUGAUAAAGCCACAAAUGUAUCCGUGUUGUUCAUUCAACUCGAGCAAAAUUUGUUUGAAAAGCGUUUUGAGGGAACUCUGAAAAAUGUGUCGUUAGAAAUCGAGUUGCUCAAAAACUUAUUUAAUACAGUUCAAAAUUUGCAGAUGAAAUGUUGCUCAGCUGUACAUACAAAUAUUGUUAGCCAAAAGUCUUUUUCUGAACUAGUAAGCAAAGUAAAUGGAUUGCAGUCUACUCUUAAUUUCACGAAAAGCUCAGUUGAUCAACUUGCAUUGCAAGACAAGGAUGUAGCAUUUUCCGCGACAGGGGCCAUUGGUAACCAAUUUCAGCUGAGAGGGAUCUUGUAUCCAAAUAUUUCUACAAAUGUAGGAGGCGCAUUCAACUCAAGUUCCGGUAUAUUCACUGCUCCUAUAGAUGGCGUAUACAUGUUCCACAUGACCGAUUUGAGCAUCAAUAACAUCACAAAUGCCACGCCCUUCAUGGUCAACAGAAAUCGAGUUAGCGGAUGUCGGGGAGACAAUCAUUUGAUUUCAGAACUAUCAGACUGUCUCGUUAUUCUCUCCCUCCAUGCCGGGGACCAAGUUUGGACCCAGGAUUUCUAUGAAGGGCCUUUUCACUGUUCCACUUCACAAUUUAUGGGCUGGAAGUUGUAAAACUUUCUUGUCAAGACACUGAAGCGUCAAUAUUUCUUGGAGAGGAAAUGUCACUAACGCUUAAAAUUUUGUGAAAGUACAUAAUAUGUAACAUGCUUCUUUAACGGAGUUGUUUUUUUUUUUUUUUUU